CAUGCUCACUUAUAUUAGUAAGAAGUAAAUGGAGCAACAAAUGGAUCAAGAAAAAGACCUAUCAACGUCCAACAAAAAAGAUGUGGAGAAUGGCGAUGGUAGUAAUAGAGCCGAAGAAGAGGAGCUGUGUAGCUAUUCGAAUGCGAUUGAAUUGGCUUUCUCGGUAGUGCUGCCGAUGGUGAUGAAGGCAACGGUGGAGUUGCAAGUGCUGGAUAUCAUAGCGAAGGCAGGCCCAAGAGCACAACUCUCCCCAUCUCAGAUUGCAUCUCAGUUGCCGGCUUCUGCUCUUCUCUGCAACCCCGACGCACCAAAAAUGUUGGAUCGGAUGCUACGCCUCCUGGCCAGCCACUCCAUUCUCACUUGCUCCGCCGUUGACUUCCAUUCUGAUGAUCAUCAUGACUCUCCUAGCACUGCUGCUGCUGCACUAGAGGAUAAGAGGUUGUAUGGGCUGACCCCUCUGGCCAAAUACUUUGUUCCUAACCAAGAUGGAGUCUCGUUAGGGCCCUUGAUGUGUCUGGUCCAGGACAAGGUCUGCAUGAAAAGCUGGGACGAACUUAAAGGGGCAGUUUUGGAAGGAGGGAUCCCAUUUAAGAGGGUUUACGGGGUGGAGUCAUUUGACUACCCAGGGAUUGAUCCUAGGUUCAACGAGGUGUUCAACAACGCAAUGGUCAACUACAGCACAAUUUUCCUCAAGAAAUUUCUGCAGUCAUCCUACAAUGGUUUUGAGCAAGUCGAAACCCUGGUCGACGUCGGGGGCGGCCUCGGUGUCGCUCUCGAAUUAAUCACCUCCAAAUACCCACAUAUCAGGGGUAUUAAUCUUGACCUGCCCCGUGUCAUCAAACAUGCCAAACCCUAUCCUGGUGUGGAACAUGUUGGACGAGAUAUGUUUGAAAGUGUUCCAAAAGGAGAUGCCAUUUUCAUGAAGUGUGUACUUCAUGGCUGGAAUGACGAUCUUUGCCUGAAGUUGCUAAAGAAUUGCUAUAAAGCUCUACCGGACAAUGGGAAGAUAAUUGCGGUGGAGGAUAUUCUCCCGGAGAUGCCAGAUAGUGCUAGGAAAGGCAUUUUCCUAAAGGAUCUGCAGAUGAUGAGUCAUCACUAUGGAGGGCAAGAGCGCACGCAACAGGAGUAUUUGGACCUAGCCACUAGCGCUGGAUUUUCUGGCAUCAGAUUGGAAUGUCUUGUUUGUAACUUGUGGGUCAUUGAACUUUACAAGUAGUGUCCGUGUCCGUGUUUGGACUUGAGUUGUUAAUCCUGAUCUGGUUAAUUAAUAAGGAGUUUGAGGAGGGCCACAAUAAGAAGGAUGAGAUCGGGGUGUUUUAUUUGUCUUUAAAAUGGAUCAUUUGCUUGA